AACGAAAAUGCAAGAUUAAAAUAAUAUUUAAACCAUAUAUUCCCAAUGUACGCUUUGGUUUUUCUAUACUAAGCUCCUCCAUCUUCCAUAUUCAAUCUUCCAUCUUCAAUCUUCCAUCUCCAACGCCAUUGAAGAAGAACACGAAACAAAAAAUGGACAUAAAACUCCAAAAGAUGCAAUUUCUUGGGGCCUUUGGCAUUCUCCAAGAAGCCCACAAGAUCAUCUUCACAUGGAGAAAAAUCUUCUCUCAAAUCACACUCUUCUUCAUCUUCCCUCUCUCACUCUUCUUCUUGGCUUACCUCCACAUUUUCAAUCAUAUGAUUCGAAAUUUCCUCUUCCAGAUAAUUCUAACCAAAACCCAAAAGGAUCCUCCCAAAUUCAUCAACCUCUCCGAUCUCGUCAUGUCCUACAAAUGGGCCUAUCUUUGGCUCUUCACGGUCGCAUACAGCGGCUUCCUCUCCGUCGUCUCCAUCCCCUCCACCGCCUCCGUGGCUUACGCUGUUGCCAGUAUAUAUACCGGCAACGGCGAAGCUUCUUUCAAGGACAGCUUGAAAGCUGUGGCCAAGGUUUGGAAGCGAGUUCUGGUCACGUCUUUUUAUACCUUAACAUUCUCUCUCACUUAUAGCUCAGUCGCGGCUCUCGUUCUUGUUACGAUAUCUUGGCUUUGUGCGCGAUUCAAAGCUUCGAUAUUUAUUGUGUAUAUGGUGAUGUUUUUCGUUGGAUCUUUGUAUUUAGACACGAUAUGGAUUUUGUCGAGGGUUGUUUCUGUGUUGGAGGAGACGUAUGGGUUCAAAGCGCUGAUGAAAAGCCAAAGGCUUUUAAGAGGUAAGAUGGCGGCGGCGGCAGUGUUGUUGUUUUUUGUAAGUUCAUGUUUGGUGUUGGUUCAAUUUUUGUGCAAUAAGGUGGCUGUGAAUGGGGUCGUGGGUAAGGGUAUUUUGGGGAUUUUGUGUUUCGUGUUUCUUGUCCAUGUUUUGUUGUUGAAAGUUGUCGUGCAGGUAGAGUUGUAUUUCAUUUGCAAAUCGUAUCAUUGUGAGAAUAUCGACAUGUCGUCAGAUGUCUCAGGUUUAGUUGGUGUUUAUGUGUCGUUAAAAACAAAUGAUGUUCAACUUGAGACAGAGAGGCUCUUAGUUUGAAAUUUUAUGAAUAAUACAGAUGUUGUGACAAAUGAAUGAAUAAUUAAUUAUA